CGGCCACAUCUGGGGCUGCCCUCCCUUGUUUCCGCUACUUCCUCUGGCGGUGGCUAGAGCUGUGAUCUGGACUUUAACUAUACAAAGGGGUUGCCAGACCCGCGAGAACAGUUGGCGGCGCGACUUGGACGCGGGGACCAGACCAUGAGCCGCUGAGCCCCGAGGAGCCCCGCGGAUCCCGCAGAGGGACGCUCGGAACGCUGUGCUGAGCGCGGAGCAGGCGCCAGCCAGGCGGAGAGCGCGACGAUGCGGGCGCGAGGGGCCUGGGGCACCGUCGCCGGCCCGCUGCGGGCCCUCUGCGUCCUGAGCUGCUUGUUGCCCCGCGCUGCCGCCGCGCCGUCGCCCAUCAUCAAGUUCCCCGGCGAUGUCGCUCCCAAAACGGACAAAGAACUGGCGGUGCAAUAUCUGAACACCUUCUAUGGCUGCCCCAAGGAUAGUUGCAACCUGUUUGUGCUGAAAGACACCCUCAAGAAGAUGCAGAAGUUCUUCGGGCUGCCCGAGACAGGUGAACUUGACCAGAAUACCAUCGAGACCAUGCGGAAGCCACGCUGCGGCAACCCAGAUGUGGCCAAUUACAACUUUUUCCCCCGCAAGCCCAAGUGGGACAAGAACCAGAUCUCAUACAGGAUCCUUGGCUACACACCUGAUCUGGACCCCGAGACGGUGGAUGAUGCCUUUGCGCGAGCCUUCCAAGUCUGGAGUGAUGUAACCCCACUACGGUUUUCUCGAAUCCAUGAUGGAGAGGCUGACAUUAUGAUCAACUUCGGCCGCUGGGAGCAUGGAGAUGGGUAUCCGUUCGAUGGGAAGGAUGGGCUCCUGGCUCACGCCUUUGCUCCAGGUCCUGGGGUUGGGGGAGACUCUCACUUUGAUGACGAUGAGCUAUGGACCCUGGGAGAAGGACAAGUGGUCCGUGUGAAAUAUGGAAAUGCCGAUGGGGAGUAUUGCAAGUUCCCCUUCCUCUUCAACGGCCGUGAGUACACCAGCUGCACAGAUGCAGGCCGCAGUGAUGGCUUCUUGUGGUGCUCCACCACCUACAACUUCGAGAAGGACGGCAAGUACGGCUUUUGCCCCCAUGAAGCCCUGUUCACCAUGGGUGGCAAUGCCGAUGGACAGCCCUGCAAGUUCCCGUUCCGCUUCCAGGGCACUUCCUACAACAGCUGCACCACCGAGGGCCGCACGGAUGGCUACCGCUGGUGUGGCACCACUGAGGACUACGACCGAGACAAGAAGUAUGGCUUCUGCCCCGAGACUGCCAUGUCCACUGUCGGUGGGAACUCAGAAGGUGCCCCCUGUGUCGUCCCCUUCACCUUCUUGGGUAACAAACACGAGAGCUGUACCAGUGCCGGGCGCAGCGAUGGGAAGUUGUGGUGUGCCACCACAGCCAACUAUGAUGAUGACCGAAAGUGGGGCUUCUGCCCAGAUCAAGGGUACAGCCUGUUCCUUGUGGCAGCUCAUGAGUUUGGCCACGCCAUGGGGCUGGAGCACUCGGAAGACCCUGGGGCCCUGAUGGCGCCCAUUUACACCUACACCAAGCACUUCCGCCUCUCCCAUGAUGACAUCAAGGGCAUUCAGGAGCUCUACGGGGCCUCUCCUGACACUGACAUUGAUACCGGAACUGGCCCCACACCCACACUGGGACCUGUCACUCCUGAGAUCUGCAAACAGGACAUUGUCUUUGAUGGUAUCUCUCAGAUCCGUGGUGAGAUCUUCUUCUUCAAGGACCGGUUCAUUUGGAGGACAGUGACACCACGUGACAAGCCCACAGGACCUCUGCUGGUCGCCACAUUCUGGCCUGAGCUCCCAGAAAAGAUUGAUGCUGUUUACGAAGCCCCACAGGAGGAGAAAGCUGUCUUCUUUGCAGGGAAUGAGUACUGGGUCUAUUCUGCAAGCACCCUGGAGAGAGGGUAUCCCAAGCCACUGACCAGCCUGGGAUUGCCCCCUGAUGUCCAGCGAGUGGAUGCUGCCUUCAACUGGAGCAAAAACAAAAAGACGUACAUCUUCGCGGGAGACAAAUUCUGGAGAUACAAUGAGGUGAAGAAGAAAAUGGAUCCCGGCUUUCCUAAGCUCAUUGCAGAUGCCUGGAAUGCGAUCCCUGAUAACCUGGAUGCCGUUGUGGACCUGCAGGGCAGUGGUCACAGCUACUUCUUCAAGGGUGCUUAUUACCUGAAGCUGGAGAACCAAAGUCUGAAGAGCGUGAAGUUUGGAAGCAUCAAAUCGGACUGGCUGGGUUGCUGAGCCGGCCUGGCUCCCACUAGCCCUUCCUCUCCAUCCCUUCCCCACCCUGGGCCCUGAGCACUGGGAAGGACCUGGAGGGGCCUAGCAGCCCUGCCCUCAGCUCUGUAGUUAAUCAGCACUCUCAACCCUAGCCUGGUAAUUUAAGAUUCCAGAGAGUGGCUCCACCCUGUGCCCAAAGAAAGGUGCUGUUGUACCCCUCCCAGGUGCCCCUUUCCUCUCCAAUCUCACCACUCCUUGGAGCCACCCCUGAAGAGAUGCUUUGAUUUUCCCAAUGCAGCUCUGCUCUGGGCUGCCCUGGUGCUGCCACCCCCUUCAGGAUCAUCUUCCUCCACAACCUUCUGUGGCUCACAGCAGCCUCAGAGCCAACAGAGACUAUCUCAAGAGGGCACUGGUGGCCCAACAGCCUGGCAUGGGGCAGUGGGAUAGGGGAAUAGUCCAGUGGCCGCCUUAAACACCUGGCAUCUCACUGCUGGCUGCUUUAGAACUUUUUCUGUGCUAGCAGUCUGCGGUGUAUGCACUUUGUUCUUUUCUUUUGAUCCUUUGAUUUUCCUACUUUAUCACAUUUCCUGGUAGAAGGACUCGGAUGUCUGAUGUCACCACGAUGCGUCUCCACCCACAUAGCAGUGGUUUCCAUGUCCACUCUAUUUAGGGUGCCUACCCAGUCUCAGCCUCCACUGGUUGGAGGAAUCCAAGCCAUGGCUUCCAGCUCAGCCUUUUCUGCCUCUCCCUUCAACAGUUCCCCAUGGGAAAUGGCAACAAGUAUAAAUAAAGACUCCAAUUGAGUGGCA